AUGGAGUCGGCAAUGAUGGGUCGCGUAAACUGGACACGACCUCUGGGAGACCAGAUUCUGGACCUUUCGCAAAUUCCUGACUCAACCCAAGGCCUGAAACUCCGCAAAUUUAUUUUGCAAUCCACGUCGUCUAUGGACUGGGACCACUUGAACUCAGUAACAGACCUAGUUAUUGAAGACUGCAACUUGGAGUCGAUAUCUGCCAGGACAUGGGCUUCACUUCCACGCCUGGAACACCUGGACAUCACCCGUAACCCGUCCCUGGUUUCGCUCCAAGACGGGGCUUUCUUGGGUCUGGGUUCCCUCAGAACUUUGGACUUGUCUUCUAAUGGGAUCUCCACAAUUGGUGCCAGGACAUUCCUGGGUUUGCCAGCACUGGAACAUUUGUCGCUUCGGAAAAACUGUUUACGAUCAAUCGAUCCUAACGCGUUCUUAGGGCUCGUCAGUCUGCGGUAUUUGAACGUGGCUGCCAAUAAUUUGACCAGUGUUCCACCGGAUGCUUUCAAUGGCCUGAAAUCUCUGUCGAGGCUGAUUUUGGCGCAGAAUGCUUUGAUCCUUGGGCCACGCCCUAACCGUCAAUGCGGACCGCACUCCCUGGACUCUGACCCGGUCUUACCCAACCAAAAAAUUCGGCUCGGGGACUUCGAAAGCUUCCCUCAUCUGACUCUUUUGGUUUUGGACGACAAUAAUAUUUCUAAGAUUGAAGAUGACGCCUUCGGUAGACACGAGGAGCUGAAGCAGAUCUGGCUCAACAACAACCAUCUCACCUCGGUCCCUGGCAGCUUACCCAAGGCCCUGAAAGUGCUGUACCUCGAGGAAAACCUGAUCCAGACUUUGGAAGCAGACUCAUUUCCUGGCCUGGUGGCACUGGAGGCCCUGUUCCUGCGGCGGAAUCUAAUCAGCCACGUGGCCCCGGACGCCUUCCGGUCUUUGGCUUCCCUGCGAACCCUGAACCUGGUCGGCAACAGCAUCACGUCAUUCGAGUGGCAGAGCUUCGCUGGACUCGAGGCCCUCCAGCGACUGGACAUCUCCUUGAAUCCGUUGAUUAAGCUUUCCAACUGCUUCCAGCCUUUCAUCAGUCUCAAGGUGCUCAAGAUGGGUGGCAUCAAAAGCCGGAAUGUUUCUGUGGAAAACCAAAGAAUCUUUUCGUCCUUGGAACGACUAGAAGAACUGGAACUCAGAGGAAGUCCAGGCUUAUCCAAAACCAUUAUCGAAAGUGAGGAAAUGUUGAAAGACCUGAGCAACGUGAGAUCCUUGGACUUGUCCAACAAUGGUCUUAAAUUCCUUGGCACUGUCUUUUUCGAGCUUCUGGGAAAUCUUGAGUCACUGGACUUGAGAAGAAAUGAAUGGGCCUGUGAAAAUGAGUCUAUUUUGGUUUUGGCCAAGGAGCUGAGUGGAAAUCAAAAGCACAAGUUUUUGCAGCCGAUGAACAUCAAGUGCUCUUCUCCGGUUGAG